AUGGUCAACGUUCCCAAGACUCGUAGAACUUACUGCAAGGGUAAGCCUUGCAAGAAGCACACCCCUCACAAGGUGACCCAGUACAAGACCGGAAAGGCGUCCUUGUACGCUCAGGGAAAGCGUCGUUACGAUGCCAAGCAAAAGGGUUACGGUGGUCAGACCAAGCCCGUCUUCCACAAGAAGGCAAAGACUACCAAGAAGGUCGUGCUGCGUCUCGAGUGCACCGCAUGCAAGUACAGAUCUCACGUCGCCUUGAAGCGUUGCAAGCACUUCGAGCUCGGCGGAGAAAAGAAGUCGAAGAACGCUGCCAUCUCCUUCUAA